AGGAUUAUUAACUAGGAAUGUUUCAAAAAGGACAACCGUUCAUUUGAAACUGCCAUGUCUUAAAAUUUAAGAUUAUCAUUAAUUCAAAUUCAGUUUUCAACGUAAAAACUGGACAAUAAUUAACAAGGUGUAUUACAGUAAUUGAAGUAUCAAAUAAUUGUAUUCUUUGACUAAUCCAUGACAAAAAUACGUCGUUCUUUUGAAUAUCAGUCUACUAACUUAUUUUUAAUAUAUUUGAUGUUAAUACUUUAUAUUUUUUCUUCGAAUACCAGUUUAAUGGUUGGUAUUUCCGGGUUCAAAAACAAUAAUAGAACUCCAUUGUUUAUGCGAAAUGUAUUACCAACUUAUUUGGAUUUUCUCCACUGUAUCUUCUAUCAAUCCCAUCAUAAUUAUCAUGACUAUCAUUUAUGUUGGAAUAUCUAUAGUGAUGACUUAAAAUCGUGUCAUUUGGAUGAGUAUUUUGAUUAUAUACACAAACUAAAUAAUUGUUGUAAUAAGCCAACCAUUAAUCUUUAUUCAAAAAAUUAUAAAAAAUGGUUAUCUAAUAUUCAUAAACGAAAACAAAAUCAAAUAAUUAAAAAAAUUACAAAUUCAAAUAAAAUUCAACAAAAAUUAAAACAAUUUCAUAAAUUUCAUACAUUUAAACAAGAAUCUUUACAAUAUUCAAAAUUUAAUAAAAUACAUUUAUACAAAAAUCCGUUAUUUCAUUUAAAAAAUAAAACUUUUAUAAAUAUUCAUAAAUUAAUUAAAUCAAAUCAAAUUAUUUUAACAAAAUGGUUAAAUCAAUUAACAUAUUCAACAAAUUUAACUAAAAUUAUUAAUUUAACUGAACAAUUAACACAUUUAAUAUUAGAUUUAGCUUAUGAAAGAAUGAAACUUAUACUUUUAUAUGAAUUUCGUCAAUUAUGGAAUGAUUUAAUUUAUAAUAAACUUUAUACAGAAUAUAUUUUUGAUGAAUUAGAUUUACCUAUUUUAUCAAUCAAAUCUGAAUUAAUACAAUCAGUUUUCAAUGAAAUUGAUUAUAAUGGAGAUGGAGUUUUCACACCAUCGGAAUUGGAAAUAUUUUUACAAUUUCAUGAGAUAAUGCUUUAA